AUGGCUACACAACUUGUCCCGCUCGCAGAAGUGGAAAGGCUCAGCGCUUCAGUAGUCCGGAUACUGGGGGGAAAUCCAGGGAAGUUCACGCUGCAAGGGACAAACACAUAUCUAAUCGGACGGGGCCACCAGCGGAUACUCAUCGACACCGGCGAGGGCAAACCGUCCUGGGCAAAUCAUCUCAAAGGCGUGCUAGCAAAGGAGAAUGCGACAGUCCACAAAGCACUCCUGACACACUGGCACCACGAUCAUGUCAAUGGCGUUCCCGACCUCCUCAAGAUUUGUCCGCAAGUGACGGUUUACAAGCACCAACCAGAUGAAGGUCAGCUUGAUAUUGAAGAUGGCCAAGUCUUCAGCGUUGAAGGCGCUACGUUGAAGGCGUACCAUACGCCAGGCCAUACUGUGGACCAUAUGAUGUUCGUUCUUGAAGAGGAGGACGCCAUUAUCACUGGCGAUAACGUGCUGGGUCACGGGACAGCAGUGUUUGAAGAUCUCAUAGUAUAUUUGUCCAGUCUGCAGCGAAUGCAGAAUCGGGUCUCAGGCCGCGGAUAUCCAGGCCACGGUGCAGUGAUAGAGAAUGCAUCUACGAAGAUCACCGAGUACAUCAACCAUCGGCAGCAGCGUGAGGAAGAAGUUAUUCGGGUGUUACGGUAUGGAAAGCUUGACGUCCCGGAUAAUGAACCUUCUCCAGAACGCAAGGCUUCAUGGACCCCCCUCGAACUAGUCAAAGUUAUCUACCGGAAUGUUCCCGAAAGUCUUCACUUGCCUGCUUCGCAUGGUGUCUUGCAGGUGCUGAUGAAAUUGGAGGCUGAAGGAAAGGUAGUCCAUGACACAGAGACGGGGAAGUGGAGCAUAGACAAUGGAAAGUCUGCAUUGUGA